GAACAGCUGUUUACACAGCAACGAUAAAAUGUUAAUAUUUUAUCUAUCUUAUCUCGUUUGAAUUUCAGUACCAGAAUAACGCUCGAGUAAUGUGUAUCUCUUCUCCAGUGGUAUUUAGUGAAUCGCGAUAAAGAUCAAAAUUAUUGUGAGAAUAAUUGAGAUUGAGAAGUGAGAAAAUGGCAGAUGUGGAUGAAGCUCAAUUACUCCCUAAGAGUAUUAAACUACCACCAGCUGUUGAAGUGUUUGCUAAUUUAAAAAAUGCCCAGAAUUUUGCCAUCGACAUAGGUCUCUCCCUAACGAAAAUCGCCUACUACUCCACGAUUAGCUACCGAAAAGCCUUGUACGACGGGGAAGACAGUGACACCCCAGGUGAUGGUACCUACAAGUUGCAAGAAGGCAGUCGUCUGCAUUUCGUCAAGUUUGAAACCCGUCACAUCGAGGAUUGUCUCGAUUUCGUGAAAGAACACCUGGUGAACGCCGAGAGAUUUCAAGGGAAAAGCAUCAAAGUGACCGGUGGUGGAGCAUACAAAUACACCUCAUCAAUUCAAUCAAAACUCGGCCUCCUGGUGGAUAAAGAGGACGAAAUAGGCUGUCUCAUCAAGGGCUGCAAUUUUCUCCUGAAGAACAUCCCCUGCGAGGCAUUUGAAUUUGAGAGACACAGAAAUCCAGAAUACAAAUUCGAAAAAGCUGGUCCCAAUAUUUUUCCUUAUCUUUUAGUGAACAUUGGCAGUGGUGUUAGCAUUUUAAAAGUUGAGUCAGAACGAGAUUAUGAGAGGGUGGGAGGAACAGCGACUGGAGGAGGAACAUUUUGGGGACUAGGAUCUCUUCUCACAAAAGCCAAAGGUUUUGAUGAAUUGCUGGAGUUAGCAGAGAGAGGUGAUCACAGAAAUGUCGAUAUGUUGGUGAAAGAUAUAUACGGAGGUGAUUAUUCAUCCCAGGGACUCUCUGGUGACUUAAUCGCCUCGUCCUUCGGUAAAGCCAUGUCCUGUAAUAAUGUCCAAGGUGCUAAAGGCUACUCAGAUGCUGAUGUUGCUCGCAGUCUUCUAUUCACCAUCAGCAAUGACAUCGGGCAAAUAGCAAGUUUAUAUGCCGCCAUCCACAACAUGGAUAAGGUUUACUUCGGUGGAUAUUUCUUGAGGAAUCAUCCAUUGUCGAUGCACACCAUCUCGUUUGCGAUCAAGUACUGGUCAGGAGGAAAAGUGAAGCCAUUGUUUCUGAGGCAUGAAGGCUAUUUAGGAGCUAUUGGUGCUUUUCUCUAUGGGGCUGAGCAGAGUAAUGAGUACAGUUGGCUCGAAAAUUACGCUGGAAGCUCAGGGUUCAAGGAUUCAAUAGCUACGGAUAUGGGGAUUAAGAUGGAUCAACUGGAGAUUGAUAGAGCUGAAAAUGCUGUGACAUUUUGCCCACUGUUGAGAGAUCCUGCCUCUUAUUGCCCAGAUACAACUGAUCUUGCACAGGAUAAGGAGGCCAGAGAUUAUUGGCUGCAGUGUUUCGAGGAAUCAAUUGACAAAUUUAUCGCAAGGGCGAUCUAUAGUCAGCCCCAGAGUCCCACUGCCAAAGAUCGUGCAAGCAAAUUGAAGGAGAAGUAUAUCAACAGGCUUCAUUAUCUUCAUCUUCAACCUUUUGCUUAUGGAGCAUUAACCGUGAGGACUCUUCUUGACACCAUUGAGCACUGCAUGAAAGAGUUUGAUUUCCCAGAUCCCUAUCUUCAACAGAAAAAAAAAGAGAAUGAAGAAGCUAUGACUUAUUUAAAAGCUCGAUUGGACGUUUUGGAUGAGUUAGAGGGUGAGGAGAAGCUGAAAGCAUUGGUUUUGGGUGUUCUUGCUGGAAAUAUGUUUGACUGGGGAGCUAAAGAAGUGGCAGACCUCAUGGAAUCUUCGACAUUUGGAUUCGAGGAUGCCCAGAGAAAAAUUCCUACUCGACCCUGGCUACAGGAUGAUUUGGACGACUGGAUUUCAAGGCUCCAGGACGAGACUUCUCACACUUGUGCAGCUAUAUUUGUGGACAACAGUGGGGUUGAUAUUGUUCUCGGAAUUCUGCCCUUCGUCAGAGAUUUAUUGCAGAGAGGAACCAAAGUCAUUUUAUGCGCCAAUUCAAUGCCAGCUCUCAAUGAUGUGACCUAUCCAGAGUUGUUGGGGACUCUCAAGGAAGCUGGAAAAGUCUGUAAGGAUAUAAAAUAUGCUUUGAAGGAGAACAGACUGAUGGCCAUGGAGACAGCACAGGCUGGACCUUGCUUGGACCUCAGUCGAUUAAAUUUGGAUCUUUGCAAAGCAAUGAUUAAACACAACGUAGAUCUGGUAGUGAUCGAGGGAAUGGGUCGCACUCUCCACACAAAUCUACAUGCAAAAUUAAAAUGCGAAUGCCUGAAACUCGCUGUUGUAAAAAAUCGAUGGUUAGCGACACGAUUGGGUGGUGAUAUGUACGCUGUGAUUUGUAAAUAUGAGCGGCCAUCAUCAAAAAAUUCCCUGAGACUGUUGAACAGCCAGUCUUGCACUGAUACCUGCCUAAAAUCUACGGUUGAUGAAUGCAUCUGUGCGGAACUCAUGAGACCAUCUGAUUCGAGAGAGCAAAGUGUCACAGCUGAGUAAAAUAUAUGAAUUAUGUGUUGCAACCGUCAGAAAUGUCACAACACAAGUUGUCCCCUUUAAUUAAUUAUGACAUUACCGUGGGAAUUAUUAAUUAUAGACAAAAAUGUGCAGAGAGCCUUCCCCUUCUUUGGAUUUUGUCAGCUGAAACUUUCGUCACCUAUUAAAAUUCGUAUUGCAAUAAUAAAUGGAUGAGGUCUUAGCUAAGUUAUCGCGUGUUACCAUUUCUAUUGAUUCUACAGAAUCCAUCUAAGGGAGAAUGAAAAAUGUGAAGGAUUGAUAGGAAAUUAAAAAAAGAAACAAUAUUUUGAGAAAAAAUAUUGAAAGACAUGCAGAAAUACCGUGUUGCCUUAAAUUCACUGGUGAUCGCAAGUCUUCCCAUGUUAAAAAGACGAAUAAACACCAAAGAAAACUGGAAAAUGUAAAUCAUACGAUUCACUUCUUUAAUCAUUGUUUUCCUAUAAUUUCAUUUUUCUUGAUCGAAGAACCAAUCAAAAAGGACAGAUUUAACAAACGACAAUAAUUGUUCUGACGCUGAAGAACAAUUUUCUGUGAUACUAAUAUUAAAUGUACCUACGAAUGAAGUGAAAUUUCAAUGUGAAUUUAAGACUGUGAAAGAAAACAAUUUCAUUCGAUUGUUUUCUGAUGAUUUCAAAUAUGCUUGAUGAGUUAUGCACGAUUUUUCUUCGAAUAAAGUUGAAUCAACGAUCAA